GGCUGGGCGCAUGCGCGCGCGCGGGGAAGCCUGGCCGCGCCGCACGCUCGCGACCCCUCGGCUUCUCUCGACAUGGCGCUGCGGCGGCGGCGUCGGGGGCUCCUGCUCCGCGCGCGGCUGCCCGACUUCUUCCUCCUGCUGCUCUUCAGGGGCUGCUUGAUAGGGGCCGUCAAUCUCAAAUCCAGCAACAGAUACCCAGUGGUACAGGAAUUUGAAAGUGCGGAGCUGUCUUGUAUCAUUACAGAUUCACAGACAAGAGAGCCCAGGAUCGAAUGGAAGAAAAUUAAAGAUGCUCAGACCACAUACGUGUUUUUUAACAACAGAAUACAGGGGGACUUGGCAGGGCGUGCAGAGCUGUUGGGGAAAACCUCUCUGCAGAUCUGGAACGUGACCAGAAGAGACUCUGCUCUUUAUCGCUGUGAGGUGGUUGCUCAAGACGACCAAAAAGAAAUGGACGAGAUUGUCAUUGACUUGACUGUGCAAGUGAAGCCAGUGCCUCCGGUGUGCACGGUACCAAAGGCUGUGCCCGUAGGCAAGAUGGCCACGCUGCACUGCCAGGAGAAGGAGGGCUUUCCCCGGCCUCAUUACAGCUGGUACCGCAACGACGCACCCCUGCCCAAGGACUCCCGCGCCAACCCCAGAUUCCAGAAUUCCUCUUUUGUCAUCAACUCUGAAACGGGCACUCUGGUGUUCAGCGCGGUUCGCAAGGAGGACUCCGGGCAGUACUACUGCAUGGCUUCCAACGACGUUGGCUCGGCCAAGUGCGAGGCGCAGGAGAUGGAAGUCUCACAGGGAGCCCCGAGAAUGAGGAGUUUUCUUCCUAAGACGCCAGGCUCCUCAUUCUGUAGACAGUGUAUCCGUCUCCUCCAGUGGUUAACUCAGGAUUUAGCCAGAGGAGCGUUCAGGCUUCUCUACCCGCCAGGCCCCUUUCCUACAGGGCCAGGGGCAGCAGCAUUGGACGUGGAGGCCUCGGCGCCUUUCCACGUGAGGACGGGCACGGGCCUGAGUGCGCUAGGAGAGUCUGCGUGUCCUCCCCCGUCUGGCACAGGGAGGAGGCACUGCCGGGUCAGGUGCUUGGUGAGGCCAGAUAGUGUGGAGCCUCUCCUCCCUCCACCUCCCUCCCAUCCAGAUGACCUGAACGUGGGCGGGAUCAUCGGAGGCGUUCUGGUGGUCCUGGCUGUGCUGGCCCUGAUCACCGUGGGCAUCUGCUGUGCGUACCGACGCGGCUACUUCAUCCACAAGCAGGACGAGGAGAGUUUCAAGAGUCCGGGGAGGCCCGACGGCGUUAACUACAUCAGAACAGAUGAGGAGGGCGACUUCAGACACAAGUCGUCGUUUGUGAUCUGA